GUGCGGAGGAGCCGCGCGCCCCGGAGGUUCCCGGACCGUGGCGGCGGGCGGCGGUGGCGGAGCAGCCCUGCGCGGGCCAUGUCUUCUCCGGCCGUGGCGAGGGCGUCCCCGGGCGGGAAUCGGGAGGCGGCCGGCGGCCGGCGGAGCGGGAACGGGCCGUGGGAAGUGGGCGGCGGCGAGCGGCUGGAGCGCGCGGGCGCGGAGCCGGGACGCUGGGAGCUGCUGCUCCGCCGGGGCGAGCUGCUGGCGCUGGGCGGCCACCUGAAGGGAGCGCUGGAGGCGUUCGCGGCCGCGCUACGCCGCGGGGCCCCGGCCAGGCCCGAGCGCCUCGGGUCGCUAGUGGACUGCUUGGUGUUCAGCUACCGGCUCCGCCACGGGCUGCGCUGGAGCGCGGCGCCCGCGGCGGGCGCGGCCGGGCUGCUUAGCUGCCUGGGCUGCCGGGGCUUCCUGAGCGAGCCGGUGACCGUGCCGUGCGGCCACAGCUACUGCCGCCGUUGCCUGCGAAGGGAACUGCGCGCCCGCUGCCGCCUGUGCCGGGACCGCCUGCCGCCCGCCGCCGCCGCCGCCGCCGCCGAGGGGACCCCGCGGCCGCCGCCCCUGGCCGCCGCCAUCGCCGACUUCCGAACCAGCGUCGUGCUCAACCACCUGGCGGAGAAGUGGUUCCCGGGGCAGCGCGAGCGCGCGCGGGCGGCCGGCCGCCUCGGGGAACUGCUCCACCAAGGGCGCUACAGAGAGGCCCUGGCCGCCGCCUGCGACGCCCUCCGAGCAGAGCCAAGUGACCUGACUCUCAAAAUCUACAGAGCGGAGUCCUAUGCUGGCCUCCAGGAGUUUAAAGCAGCCAUAGAGGAUCUAAACGCAGUUCUCUUUCAGCUUCCAAACUGGCCCGAGGUCUACUUCAGGAAGGGGAAAGUCCUCCAGGACGCCGGGUUCCUUGGCGAUGCCUUACAGCUCUUCCUCCAGUGCUUAGCCCUGGAUGAAGACUUUGCACCUGCAAAGCUGCAAGUAGAAAAGAUUUUGUGUGACUUAUUGUCCCCUGAAAACUUAAAGGAAGGUCUGAAGGAGUCUUCCUGGAGUUCAUUACCGUGUAUUAAAAGCAAAUCUUUCGGCUUUCCUUCAGUAGUGGAAGGGCCUCACUCUCCUGGUGAGCUCAUGCUGAAGCAGACUCACGAACAACCAGAGGAGGCCCCAGAGCCUGUCAAAGGGAGCUUAAACCGUGCUCAGUCAGCACAAGUCAUCAAUGCGGCGGCGGCAGUGCCUGCCAGAGAGGAUGGCUUAAAGCGGGUGUCCUCAGAGCCUCUACUGUCUGCUCAGGGAAAAGGUGUUCUGCUGAAAAGAAAGCUGUCUCUCUUAGAGCAGGAUGUGGUUAUUAAUGAAGAUGGGAGGAAUAAGCUGAAAAAGCAAGGUGAAUCUCCCAGUGAAGACUGUGUGUUUUCAUUAGCUUAUGGUGACAUCCCAGAAGAAUUAAUAGAUGUCUCCGAUUUUGAAUGUUCUCUCUGUAUGAGGUUGUUUUUUGAGCCAGUAACAACCCCUUGUGGACAUUCAUUCUGUAAGAAUUGUCUUGAGCGCUGUUUAGACCACACGCCAUAUUGUCCGCUCUGCAAAGAGAGCUUAAAAGAGUAUCUAGCAGACAGGAGGUACUGCGUCACCCAGCUGUUGGAGGAGUUGAUAGUGAAGUAUCUGCCGGCUGAGCUGUCUGAGAGGAAGAAAAUCUAUGAUGAAGAAACUGCCGAGCUCUCGCACUUGACCAAGAAUGUCCCAAUAUUUGUUUGCACUAUGGCCUACCCCACUGUGCCUUGCCCUCUCCAUGUAUUUGAGCCCAGAUACAGGCUCAUGAUUCGAAGGAGCAUACAGACUGGAACCAAGCAGUUCGGGAUGUGUGUCAGCGAUACACAGAACAGUUUUGCAGAUUAUGGUUGUAUGUUACAAAUUCGAAACGUGCAUUUCUUACCUGAUGGAAGGUCUGUGGUUGACACGGUUGGAGGAAAGCGGUUUAGAGUUUUAAAAAGAGGAAUGAAAGAUGGAUAUUGCACUGCAGACAUUGAAUAUCUGGAAGAUGUUAAGAUUGAGAAUGGAGAUGAAAUACAGAGUCUGAGAGAGCUUCACGACUUGGUGUACUCGCAAGCCUGCACCUGGUUUCAGAAUCUAAGAGACAGAUUUCGAAGCCAAAUCCUUCAACACUUUGGGUCAAUGCCUGAAAGGGAGGAAAACCUUCAGGCAACCCCCAAUGGCCCUGCAUGGUGUUGGUGGCUGCUGGCAGUCCUUCCUGUAGACCCUCGGUAUCAGCUCUCCGUGCUGUCAAUGAAGUCCCUGGAGGAACGGCUGACAAAGAUACAGCAUAUCCUGACUUACUUUUCUAGAGACCAGUCUAAGUAAGGAACUGCUUGGAUCUCACCAAGCUUGCUCUUAGCCCCGAGGCUGAGAAGCGGUUGGAUCUCAUUUUAAAAUUACCCUAAUCUGGCCACGUUGUAGGCCAGAUUGUCCGCUGCCUUUGCACACCCAGUGCUGGUUUAAGAAAUUAAGGAAACAUUUUUUUUUGUUUUUCUUCAACCUCCUGAAUCUCGUGGAUCUGCAAAUGAAUACCUUCAACUAGGUCCCAGACCACUAAGAACUUGCACAGAAAACACACAUGAAAUGUGUGUUAAACCUCUACAUUGUGAUGAAGUUGCACUAUGUACCAUACUGUAACUGAACUAAGUACUCCGUGUGCGUAUGGUGUGUGCGUGCCUGUGUGAAUGCAAGUGUGCCUGUGUGAAUGCAAAUGUGUGUGCGUGUGUGUGCACAUGUGUGUUUGUGUGGGAAGUGUGAGUGCUUUUUCUCUGGCUUUAAAUUUUAAAAGACAAAAAAAAAAAGCCAUAGAGAGUGAACUUGCUGAGGGUCCUCUUGUGCCCAAGUUUACAACGGUAGUCGUAGGAGUUUUCGCGGAUUGAAUUUGCCUCGGAUUUAUUUGUCCUGAUGCUUCUCUUUGCACAAGUAUAUAAACUAUGGUACAGAGUAUCAUUUUUUGUUGUUGGAAAUCCUGCUCUUGCUGAACUGUCUUGGCCAUUGACUAUGACACAGUUUCUUAUUUAUGUAAAUACUUGCAUCCCCGUGGCCAGCAGGCAGGGGUGCAGAAUCUAGAGCCAGUCUCCAGGAACAACUGCAGACCUGACAUGGUACUGUGCAUCCAUUUAUAAAACUCUGAAAACUGUGAAAAUAAGGUUUACAUUCAAAUGUACAUAAAGGUAGGUGGAGAACUCGAUUCAACCCGUUAGCUUGUACAGUCUAGGGGGCUUUUCACAUUAACUGCCCGUCUCUGUCAUUUAGGGUUUGACAUGAUAACUUGUAUUUAUGGGAUUAGGUAGUGCAUAAUCCGUUGAGGAUCUGGGGGAGGAGGAGCUUAACGUAGAACUAAGCUUGUAAGGUUUGUUUUGUUUUUACUCUGGUCUUGGUGCAAAUGUUAGUUAUGCCUUAUUCAUAUCACAGUUAGAGCCCCGUGCUGUGACAUGGUUAUAUCCAUGCUGCCCUAGCCCUUUUAUAAUUAUUCGUUGCAGAUUUGUGACUGUCUCUAUUAACUUUCUUUUAUGUAAGUAAUUUGUACAAAUUUCUUAAAAUUUUUGCUUUUGCUUAUUUAAUUUUGAAUAAAAGCUAAAUUCCUAA